AUGUAUUCCAUGCAGGUAAUACGAGCAAGUGGGCGGAUGGUACUCAUAUUUUUCGACAUAUCUUACAGCUUCCAGUGUAAUUUCGCCCGUCCGCCAAAAGCUACGGAGCGGUCCACUCGACCUGUAUGGGCCGACGAUGAGUGGCUUAAACGUUAUGGAAAAGGCAGUGGCAUUGCAGAUGCGAAGGAAAGCAAUGGAACAGCUAAAACAGCAAAAGGACUGCCUCGAGUGUAUCUGGGUGUUAAGAUCGGUAUUAGGUAUAUUGGGCGGAUAGUAAUUGAGUUGCGCUCUGAUGUUGUCCCGAGAACAGCAGAGAAUUUUCGAUGUUUAUGUACAGGCGAAAAGGGUUUUGGUUAUGAAGGUUCUACUUUUCACCGUAUAAUCCCGAAGUUCAUGCUGCAGGGCGGAGAUUUUACGAAGGGAGACGGUACCGGAGGAAAGUCGAUAUAUGGACCUAAAUUUGAGGAUGAGAAUUUUAAGUUGAAACAUCUGAUGUCUGGUACUGUUUCGAUGGCAAACUGCGGGGCAAAUACGAAUGGGUCGCAGUUCUUUAUAUGUACUGAGAAGACGGAUUGGCUCGAUGGGAAGCAUGUAGUAUUUGGACAUGUGGUAGAAGGGAUGAACGUUGUUCGACAAAUAGAGCAACAGGGCACACCAUCUGGAAAGCCCCAAAUGGUGGUGAAAAUUGUGGAAUGCGGGCUUGUAUAUUAUUACAUAAUUUCUCACAGCAUGAGUAGCAAAACAGGCGGAAAUACCGAACCGAUGCCGUUUGUGCGAAAAUGGGGCGCUGCGGCAACGAGCGGCUCCGAUGAUAAUGCCAACACUGCUCCAGCACCUACCAUUGAGUCAGUAGCUUCAUCAGAACAUGACACUUCUUCGCACUCACAUCGUGAUCGCAGUCGAAGUCGCUCCCGUGACCGAAAAGAGCGUCGUGAACGUCGUCGACGAUCACGUUCGGGUGAUCGCGACCGACAUAAGAGGAGAAGGAGCCGUUCACGAAGAAGAAGCAGAUCUCGUGAUCAUCGACGACGAUCUCGUAGCAGAAGCAGGGAUCGCGAUCGUGACCGUGAUCGUGAUCGCGAUCGUGACAGAUCUCCACCUGCGCCACUACCUCAACCUGCAUUAGUUCCUGUCAUGAAAGAACCUGUCAUAAAUCCACUGAUGCGGUCGGAUCUUGCUGCUUCCGGCCCGGAUGCAAUGCUAGGCAACGACUCGGCGUUGGUUGAAGCCGGACGAAAACGUGAACGCAAGUCACGUUGGUCUGUGACAAAAAGUUUUGUCCCAGGCAUGCCCACUAUCUUACCGUCUAAUCUUUCGGAUGAUCAGCGUACUGCUUAUCUUCUGCAACUGGAGAUUGAAGACGCCACACGCAAACUGAGACUGGGCGAUUUUCUUGGUCCGACUGAUCCAGCGCAAAGGCUAGUCGCAAGUAGCAGACACUAUGCUCAUGCGUUUCAGGCGCAUCACUCACACGACAAGCACAGCACAUAUUACGUGCGGCUACCGUAUGGUGAGCAUGUACGGUGCUUGUGCAUUCAUCGUGUGAUGUCGUCCUGGCAGAGAAGUGUUUCUGUUUUAAUUUUUCUUUUCAAAAAUGUUUGUCAAAAAUAUUAG